GACUAAAAGAUCGACUAAAAGAUCCCAAGCGAGAUCGAAGCGAGAUCGGACCGAGGUACCACAGCAGCAAAACCAACUGAAGCAAUCACAAUCUUUCGAAGCAGAACUUCAAAAGCAAAAGCAAAAACAAAAACAACAAGCAAAAACACAAACACAAACAACGAAUCGACCAUGAAGAUCUUCAACUCCGUCCCCUGGAUGGCUCUCAUUGCGAGUCUUUCGGCACAGUCAGCUUCCGCCGAGCUGGUUCUCGGAACCUUCACGGACCGCGCCCAUGAUAUUACUGGUGAAGUGGUGGCUCUUUCUGACCGUGUCUUGGAAGUCCGCGGCUUUGGCUAUGAUGGAACAGCGCCUGAUGCUUUCUUCUGGGCUGACACCAAUGCCGUGCCUUCUGAGAAUGGCUUCAUCUUGGAGGAUGGAGCACCCUCCAACAAUUGUGGACAAGAUCGGCUCGGAUUUGCGGAUGGAAGUCAGACAUACCGAGUUGAGUUUCCGGAGGGUUCAAGUCUUCGGGACAUCGCUGGUGGUAGCAUCUCCGUCUGGUGCCGUGCUUUCAGAGCCAAUUUUGGAGAACUCGUGAUCCCUUCGGACCUGACUGGAUUGACGGAUGCCGCUGAUGGCCCUGCACUGGAGUGUUCUCAGUCCGGCGCUCCAGCCACCGUGGAUGAAAUUGUCUUGGGCACCUUUACUCGCAGCAACCAUGAUGUGGCUGGUGAGAUUGUUGCCCUCUCGGAUCGUGUCUUGGAAGUCCGUGGCUUUGCCUAUGAUGGGACCGCCCCGGAUGCCUUUUUCUGGGCUGACACCAAUGCUGACGCUUCUCGCGAUGGAUUUAUCUUGUCUGAUGCUGAACCUACCAACGGCUGCGGACAAGAUAAGCUCGGGUUUGCUGAUGGCACCCAGACCUACCGUGUUGAGUUUCCAGAGGGAACAAGCCUUCGUGACAUUGCCGGUGGUAGCAUCUCAGUCUGGUGCCGAGCUUUCAGUGCUAACUUCGGACAAGUCAUGGUCCCUGAGGCACUGGAUGGUCUCAAGACAGCUGAGCAAGGCCCAGCCCUGCAAUGUUCUGAAGGCGGUGGCGGAGGUGGAGAUGCGGCCUAUGAAGAUGUUUCCGUUACUCCGGAGGGAUACAACUGCGAGCCACUGUAUGAAGAUUACCAAGUGCGCUGGAAGGUCGACGGAGACGAGAUCGCCAUUGAAUUGGUUGGUUUGAUCGAAGAUGAACAGUAUUUGUCCUUUGGUAUCUCUGGAAGUGAUGAGGGCACCGAGAUGAUUGGCGCUGAUGUCAUUGUCGGCGACCUCUUCCAAAAUGAGUUUAGAGCCAGCGACUACUACAUGAGUGCUCGUGCUCAAUGCAGCAACGGCGCAGGUGUUUGCCCGGACUCGCCAACCUUUGAUAGCAGCGCAACAGACGUCAGCGGAGCCAGGGACGACGUUGCGGGCCUUACAGUCAUUCGAUACCGCCGACCUCUCUUGGCCACAGACAACGCUCUCGUGUCCGGGGCCACAGUUGAUCGCAACAUUUCUGUCGUCCCUGGCGUGAGCACCUACAUUGCGUGGGCUGUUGGUCCUGUGAGUGCCGAUACAGGGUUCCCCAACUUCCACACGGUUGCAUACCCUCGAGAGGAUGUUAGCCUUGAAUUUGGACGCGCCACCGUGGACAACUGCGAACCUUUGGUCCAAGUUGAUGACGGUAUGGACGAUGUCGAAGCAUUUGAGCGGCCCGUGUUGAGAGGAGAAACCGAGUUACGGGCCUCGAUUGGCCUCUCGGGCGGCGACCGCGGCUACCAAGCGAUCACAGGAGGUCGAGUUGGCUGGGGAAUCGCCUGGUACAUCAACGACCUCUUGAUUCCAGUCAUUGAAAUGGAACGGGGGACAACAUACACUUUCUAUGUCAAUGGAGGCGACGUUCCCACGGAUAGUGCCAACUACCAUCCCAUGUAUUUGACAACGAGCAUAUCGGGCGGCUACGCUCAGAUCAACGAGGAGGAACGCAUGGCGGAAGACAUCUUUGGUGGUUUGACUGUCAUUAGCAAUACUACCUACGAGGCCACAGCCGCUGGACCGAUCUGCAAGCUCGAAGCAACCGAGGCAACACAACAGGCUCUUGUCAAUGGAACAUACGAGGAGUUUUUCAACUCCAUGGACACUUCUUGCCUUGAAGAUGCCUCCAUUACUGACAAUGCUGCAGUUCUCGAGUUCACUCCAGACGCCGACACUCCGGACUUGCUGUAUUAUCAGUGUGUGACGCACCGCAACCUUGGUUGGGAAAUCCGUGUGGUCGACCCUGGAAUGACGUACAACGAGACUGAGGGCCUUGCCGCCGUCGACAAGUCUAGUAAAGACACCGAAGAUGCCAAGGAUGAAGCUUCCGACAUGUCGUUGCGUGGUACGGCCAGUGGAGCCCAAAGCAUCAGUCUGGGUUUUGGUGCCUUUCUUGGUGGCAUCAUCUAUUUGCUCGCAGUGUAGAAUACAACAUAUAUAAAUAUUCUGUAUUAAAAAAUUGGCUGAACCCUACCACACAAAACAUGCAGUUGUUCUUCUUGACAUCGCCUGGCAGACACGCAGUCAGGA